UCUGUGUUCCAUUAUUUCCCAGGGAAUAGAAGACGCGCACCUGCUGCGUCCGUAGGCUAUACACUAACUAUUUGCAUUUAGAAUCGGGUACUGUUUAAUAGGAAGGUGUGGUCACUAUUCUGCUGUUCUAACUUUAGUUGUGUAGCAGACCGUCGUCUAUAACCGAGGACAGUUCAGACCAUUCAAGGACGGUACGUGGUAGGAAGAAUGGCUCAGGUGUGGUUUACAGCCUCCUUUGUUGGGGUUCUCUGUAGCCUCUCGGCUCUAAAAGCGUGCACAUGGGACUCAAACACGGAGCUGGAGCAAGGCCUGGACCCUAGAUCAUUUGAUGACGGCGCUGGUUACCUGGCUCACCUGCCGAACAUCUCAGACGCAGAAGAGUGCCAACAAGCUUGUUGUGACAAAGACGAAUGUCAGCUCGCUCUCAUCGGGACUCCAGCAGACGGAAAGCCAGAGUGCAUGCUGGUCAGCUGUAUGAAAGACGGCAAAGAUGUGUGUGUUUUGAUGCCAAGCACACAGUUCAAGGUGUACCGCAAAACCCAGGUUAUUUCUGCUGACGAGGAGCGCCAAAACGAGGCUGAUGUUAACGCUGUAAACACGACAGAUCUCUGCCUUCUGCCAAGUGUGGUGGGAAAUUGCCGCGCUGCUCUCCCACGAUUCUAUUAUGAUGCCACCAACCAGACCUGCAAGCAGUUCAUCUAUGGCGGCUGUGGGGGCAACAAUAAUAACUUUGAGACCCAGAAGGCAUGUGAGACAUCCUGUAAUGGGGUGACAGGUACUUUGCUCAGUGACUCUCACACUCUCUCUCAACGCAGCCGAAUGUCUGUCCCCGAAAACAACAAUGCUGACGAACCCAAGGCUCUUCCUGAGAUGACAUCAGAUGAAUUUCAAGAGAAGUGCCAGACUGCUCCACAGACUGGGCUCUGCAGGGCCUCCAUCAGACGCUAUUACUACAACAAUGGCACCUGUGAACCAUUUGUCUAUGGAGGGUGCGGUGGCAACAAGAACAAUUAUGAAACAGAGGAGACAUGCAUGACAAGCUGCACAGUGAGAAUUAUUCCUAGCAACAAGAAGGAAUCUGACAUCCCCACCACACCUAACAGCAUCUAUUCUUACCAAGAAAUCUGUGUUGUGCCAUCCGACUCUGGUCCGUGCCGUGCAAGCUUCCGUCGCUUUUACUUUGACUCCAGCUCUCAGUCCUGUAAGCCCUUCAUCUAUGGAGGCUGCCGAGGAAACCAAAACCGCUACAGCACUGAGGAAGAGUGCCUGUCAGCUUGUGCGGGGAAAGAUGGGCGUUUUGAUGAACACGGACACCAGAAAGAUCGUAAACGCUGGACUCCAGCCUUCUUCCUAGUGGCCACCCUGACCAUCAUGUCCGCCCUGCUGCUGGUAGGUUUGAUCCUGAUCUCAGUGCGCAGGAACUCAAACAGGGGCGUCCUCAUAUUGGAUGAUAAGGAGGAGUUGCUGCCUGCAGAGGAGAUGUUUUUUGACCCACAACCCAAAGCGGUCUCAAACUAAACAGCUGUCCUCUUCAUUGUCUGGUACAAAUGUCAAUCUCAUGACACUCCAACAUUCAAUGGAAUAAAAAUAAUAUGAAUUUGAGUAAUUUUAGAGAAGUUUCAAAUUUGAGUUAAAUUGUGGAAGAGGUUCCCUUAAAAUUAGUACCUUUUUAUUUAGAAUUAAAGAGGCAGAGGUAAAUUAGAAAAAUAACUAGAAUAAUGCAUUAGAGUACUGUAUUUGCAGAGCUGACUUGAACUAAUUAAGAAUAAAGUAUGUUUAAUUGUAGUUUCAAUGAAAAAUGCUACUACGUUUAACUGUAAAAGUGGGAUACAUUGCACUACAUUUUGGUGAGUUGGUUUGUAAUGAAAUAUUCUCUUACCUUUUUUCAUCUAUAUUUUUUCAUUGGUUAGAAUCCUAUAUUGUAUAAAUAAAUCAGCUAUCAGGAAUAUAUUUACUGUGAAAAACAAUCAUAAAAAUGAAGCACAAUGAAUAAUUUACUGGUUUCACUACAUCUUUAUGUACAUGUAUGUAUAUAAAAAAAACAAUGAAUCUAAGCCUGAUUUAUUAUAUAAAAUACAUAUGUUUUUCUAUUGAAAUCUAAAUUAUGACAUUUAAUGGGAAAAUAGAAGGAAAAAAAAACACAGAACAAAACAAAUUCAGUACUUAUCCCAUAUGCUCCUGAUGUAGCAGUUCUAUGCAGGUUUAUAUGAUGCUUUUGCAACUGUAACCUAUAACUGUGAUUGAUGUACAUGCUAUUCAUACCAGCCUGUUAUAGAAGUGAAUGGGGUCUGUCUGGUACACUUUUUAAACAGCAUUAUUUCAACAUUCUAAACAAAAAAACUUGAUUUUAUUCCAUUUUGUUGUCCUUUUGGUAUACUGAUUUACUUAAAUUUUAUUAUAUGUAAGUGAAAAAGUAAUAUACAGUAAAAAAAACAAACAAACACACAAUUAAUACAGUCCCUUCACUUGUUAAAGCAAGUAUCUUUUCGUUGUUACAUUUGAAUGGCCACUAGGGGGUGAUGGUGGAUUGAAAUAAUUAAAUGGACAGUCAGAAACUCA